UGACGGCAUAGCCACCGUGCAGGCUUGAGGUCGAUAUUGGACCAAGCUGCAAAUUUAUCUUGCCUACCAUACCAAAAAUUGGCCUCAUAGCAUCCAGAAAGUCGCAAAGAUGAUGCUUCUCUCGAGGAUAGGCACGGCCGCCUCUCUAGCGCGGCCGCCAUCAAGGACAUUUUAUAGAUCCCUCAGCUCCUUGCCCCAAAAUCCUCACAUUAAAGUGUUCUCUAUCGAGGAGAAUCCUGGCAGCAGCAUACUCACUCUCCUUGAUAGAGACCCGCCAAUGCGUGACCUGGCCAUUGGCACCACCACAGCCAUCCCGCCCACGCCACAGUCCUUCUCGGAGAACCCGCGCUUCAUGCCAAUCCUCAAUUCCGUGCUCGCGCAGAACGCUCACUUGUGCUCGGACCUUCGUGCCCAGGCCAAGGCGUUCGCCUCCCCCUUGGUAGCUGGCGGCAGCUCCAGCUCCAGCAGCGGUUGGGUGCAUCUGAGUGAUACUAGAAAUCCGCCUGACUUUGGACGGAUCGCAUGGCCCGAGGACAUUUUGGGAAGUGUGGAGGUGGAUGGUCAAGGCGAUCCAAUCCAUAGCUUUCAGCCUAGCGGAACAUACAGAAUCGUGACGAACGAGGGCAUCAUUGGUCUGAGCCAUUUCCUGAGGGAAAAACUCGUUGAGAGGCUUAAAGAGGAAGAGGCAAAGGCAAAGGCUUGAUAGCAGAUGCACUCCCGAGAGUGCGUCAGUGUGCUCGGCCCAAGACAUGACACGUCUCGCGAACACACUCGGGCCCUCACCUUGGCCAUUGCGCUUGGCAGAUUAUCGAGAUUUAGUGAUAGGUAUACUAGUAUGCGCAAUUCUAGAUUUUCUGCCGAGGUCGCCUCAUCUGUGGGCUGGCUUUUAGUGUAUACAGGUGCCCACCUAUAAAG